AUCUUCAGAGUUGCAGGGUUCUACGCCUUCUCUCUUCAGGGUUGGCGCCUCCUUCUUCCCCACAGCUUAUAGGUUUUCAGAUUACCACCCACUUCUACAUCGCCGUUUCGUUCAUCAUCAAUUGCUAUAUGUGUGAAAGCCUAAGGGGAAGAAAAUGAAGACAAUUUCUGGACAUUGUGUUUCUUUGAAAGAAAUAUCGCUUUCAAAAGCGGCAAAAAUUCUAUCAAAGUUUGUGUCUGCUGACAAUGGUGCUUCCCAUGUCAUCGGUGCAUAUCUUCACCGUGCAUCUGUGUCUUUCAAUGAGCUGGAUCAGCUCCACAAGGAGCUUAAGUCAUCACACUCUCAGAAGAAGCACAAAAGCCGCACAGUGGAGACUGGUGAUGAGAGUGGGAGAGAGGUAGAAAAUUAUUCUCGGAGUGUUGAGGCUAACCAGGAACUCAGUCAUGGGAAUGUAAAAUCUGAUAAGUUUAGAAGGCAACAGAUUGGUGAUGAGAAUGCUGAUGAGGAUGGUGAGAAAUCAGCACAGACUGUGGGUGGGAGUGAGAAGCAUAAGAAGAAUAAAAAGAAGCAGCAGGAAGUCGAGUCCAGGCAUGAUGGAGGUAAUGGAGUUAAAUUUGGAGAGAGGGAAGGUGAUGGAAAACUACCUAAUGGGACAUACAAUGAAAUUGAGUCAGGCCAAGAACAGGGCAAUGUAGGUGAUGGCAACCAUGGAAUGGAAGAGGGAAAGAAACAAAGAAAGGAGAAAAAGAAGCACAAGGAAGGUGCUAGUAAUUUUUCCAGCAAUAAGGGUGGGGUUGAAAAUCCAGAGUGUGAGAAUACAAAGGGACAACAAUUGAAAGAGAUGGAAAAGAAGCUUUGCAACAAUGUGGAGGGUGAAAAUGGAGGGCUAGUUGGUUCUCUGGAUUUUCAAGUUAAAAAGAGAAAGAAUGAUGAGGAAGGGAGCGAGAAAAAAUCAUAUUCUGAAGAGGUCAAGACGGAGCAAAGGAAGAAGAGGAAGAGUGAAGAUGUGGAAAGGACACCGGAAGAAAGAUCUAGGGACCUGAGUAAGAAGAAAGUGAAGAGGAAACACGAGUGAUCUUUAAAUUUAGGUGUUCUAUAAAUUCACUUGAUAGUUGUUUUGUCAUUUUAAAAAUUGAUGAGGAAUUUGCUCUUGUACGAGUGAUUACAUCGUGGCAUCAGUUUUUGAACUAUCAUGUAACAUCAUAGAAAUGGGUUCUUGGUUUCUUUCCCUCAUUUUUUCUUUUUGUCAUAUUGCCAUGUUACUCUUACAAGUUUUAACUGCAUAGACAGCACAGUAUUUCUAUUGACUCCAAUCAUCAGCUAUUAAUGAUACUAAAUCCAUCAGGGAACUCUGUUUAGUGAUAUCACCCCGGAUCAUGAACUCUUGGAGUUUUUACAUUUUAAGGUAACCCACUUUUGAUUUUUGAAAAAAAAUAACUGUCAGUGUCAUUUGAAAUCCAGCAGGUGUCUAGAUCUGGAGCUAUUUGCUGCCACUGCUGCAGAGUUUCACCUAAGUACAUAAAAAAACCAAUAAAAAACUUGGUAUUUAUG